AUGCUUGCAAUAAAAAACGUCCCCAAAUUUCUCCUCGUCUCCAUCGCACUUUCCCAAUUGCACCCAGUGUCCGGCGCCCUUGUUGCGAAACUGUACAACGCCACUGUCCCCGUCGUGACCUUAUUUGCCGGCGUUUCUUACGAUGGGGACGACUCCAUCUACCACUUCGGCGGGUGGAACAUCUUCCCAACAGAAACGGACCCACAACCAAUGAUGGACGCCAUCUGGCGAUACAGCAUAUCCGCAGAUGCCUUCGAACUUGUGGCUCGCCUUCCCUUCGGGAUGGUGCUCACUUCAAUAGUAAAUUCCGUGGAAGGGACGUACUACAUUUUUGGUGGGCUGUUAGACGAGACGAACUGGCAACAAUAUUCGGUUUUCAAGUUAUCCGUGGAGAGUGGAACGGUCACGGAGGUGGCACAACUCCCUAACAUCGGACACUACUACGGCGCAUUCAAGAGGGACGAAGAGACGGUCUUUCUCAUCCGAAAUAGUCCUUCAGCCGUGUGUAAAUUCAAUAUUUCUUCGCACGAAACAGUGUGGUACACUCCGACAGGGGAAAUAGAGUUUCUGGAGGCGUGCACUUUAUGGGACGACGUGGAUAAGGUAGCCUACAUCGCCCUCUCCGACAGGGCCGAAAAUCAAACGGUUCUCCGCUACGACGCCAUCCGCGAGGAGGGAACCUUGAUCAACUUCGGGGAAAAGAAUUUCACCGGGUAUGCAACCUCUCCGACGGAUUCUUUACGUAGAUACGGAUAUGCGAUGGGAAGCUACAAUUCGGUCUCGUCCCUGCUCGAUUCGACUUUCGGACGCAAAACGUUGAGUACUUUCCGUUUGAAAUUUCCCCUCCGGGAGUUUCCACGUAUGGGAUGGGAUGGUCAGUCUUCGUCCCCAAGUUGAACGGGAUCUACCUUUUUGGGGGAUACUUACAGAGUUCUUUUCGGAAGGAGGUGUGGUUCGUGGAUUUGGUUGAGAGUGAAGGCAGCUUUCGA